AUGGAAGAGUCUGUGCGAAUCCGCCGAUUCAAUGAAAUUCCGUCAGCCGAAGAGUUCGCUUCUCUGAUUGAACCAAGAAAUGUUCCAGCUGUAUUCAGCGGAUGUAUUAAGAAUUGGAAGGCCUUUUCUAAAUGGAACCCCUCGAAUGGUGGUCUCGACUAUCUGCAGGAACUGGUAGGCUCGUUAGUUGUUGAGGCUAUGCUGUCUACAUCUGCUCCUGUUUUUUAUGGAGACAUUAGAAGUCAUGAAAGGGUUCCUAUUCCUUUUUCCACCUUUGCUGGAUACUGCAAGGAUCUUUUACAAAAUGGAGACACUGUUCAAGAUUCUUUUUCUGAUUCAAGGAAGCAUAUGUCAGCAGGGCCUGUUUCUGAGCAAAGUAAUCCCCUUAUGGGAGAAGAAGCUCCACAGCAAAUUUAUCUAGCACAGGUACCAAUCAUGAAUAUUGAGAAUGAGGAGAGGGUUCAAUUGAAAUGUCUUGGAGAAGACAUUCAAAAGCCUGCAUUUUUGGAGGACAAAACACUGUCAUCGAUCAAUUUAUGGAUGAACAACGCUCAAUCUAGAUCUAGCACUCAUUAUGAUCCAAAUCACAAUCUUUUAUGCGUUAUUGCAGGAUGUAAACAAGUUGUCCUGUGGCCACCUUCUGCAAGUCCCUCCUUAUACCCAAUGGCUUUAUAUGGAGAAGCCUCGAAUCACAGUUCCGUUGCUUUAGAUAACCCAGAUCUCUGUGUACAUCCAAGGGCAGAGCAGUUAGAUAAGUACUCCCAGAAGGUUAUUCUCCAUGCAGGCGAUGCUCUUUUCAUCCCAGAGGGCUGGUUUCACCAAGUGGACAGUGGAAGUUUAACUAUUGCUGUCAAUUUCUGGUGGCGGUCAGAUGUGAUGUCUGGCAUGUUAGAGCACAUGGAUGCAUAUUAUCUGCGCAGAAUUUUGAAAAGAUUGACUGACAAAGAAAUGGAUCGGAUGCUGUGCAAGCCAUUGACAACUUUGACUAAAUUAGCUACUAAUGAAGGCAAACAGUCCAAUAACGAGAAAUCUGGCGAACAGUCUAAUAAUGAGAUUUCAGGUUACAGUGACGAAGAGUCAAAUCUGGACCAUCAGAGUGUUAGUUCAAAAGAGAAUAAGCUAAAGCAAAGGUUUAUGUUGCGUGAACUGGAACCUCGUGCACUCCUGUCUCUUCAGGAACUUAUUUCUUUAGUCCAUGGCCAUGUCAACCAGUGCCAACGAGCAGAAACCUCAUCGAGUCAGUCAGUCAGCGGGGAGAGAGAUGAAAUCAAGGAACCUGUUAAAUCAAACUUAUUUAUCUUGGAAGAAGAUCCAAUUGCUCAAAUUAUUUGGACUCUUCAUCCACUUAUCCUUCAAAGUGUCUUUCUUGCCAUGGCACACAAUUUCCCAAGAACUUUGGAGGCUUUAGUAUUGCAUGCACUCACAGCCGUGGGUACUGAAGUUCUUACUAGGAAAUUUGAGGAAAUUGAUAAAAUGACUACAGCAGAAGAUCGAAAUCAAUUCUACCAGAAGUUUUACAGCGUGUUUGAUAACCAAUUUGCUGCCAUGGAUGCUCUUCUGAGUGGAAAAGAGGCAUUUGCAAGUCAGGCAUUCAAGAAUGUUCUGGAUCAGUAUUUGGGAAGUGCUAAGUUUAAUGGGCUAGAACCAUCAAUUGGACGAGACAUCAACUGA